AUGACUCUCUUGUCAAGCAGCACUGCAAACUUCAGCCGUCAAGCUGUGAAUGAAACUGAAAACAGCACAGAUGACACUUGGUGCCUUUACGAUCCAGUCGACUGGAUCUUCACUGGGAUUCCAGUGUACAUCCUGAUCAUCAGUGUGCUGGGAAUCCUCUUGAAUGUGUUUGUGUUGGUGGUUUUCUGGCUCCAUAAGAAGGCCUGUACCGUGGCUGAGAUCUACCUGAGCAACCUGGCUGCUGCAGACCUCUUUCUGAUGUCUCCUUUUCCCGUCCUUGCUGUGAUUGCAGGGACAAAAUAUGACUUGCACCUUAGUGAAACUGUGUGUAAAAUGGUCCCCUUCUCCGUCAACAUUAAUGCUUACUGCAGCAUCAUCAUCCUUGCUCUGGUGAGCACUGACAGAUAUUUGGCACUGGUUCACCCACUGACCGAUGGAAGAAUGCGGAGGCCUUUUUAUGCCAAAGUGGCAUGUGUGCUGGUGUGGGGUGUAUGCUUUCUCUUGAAUGUUCCCACAGCCAUGUACAGGAAAGCUGUGGAUGACCCUGAGAGAAACUUCACCACAUGUAAUUUAAAUUUUCCAAGUCCUUCUAUGUAUGUAGUCUUUCAAGGGAUCCGUGUAUUCAUCUUCUUCAUCCCUACUUUUAUUAUUUCCUUCUGCACCCUCAAAAUUAUUCACACUCUGAAUGGGACGUUGAAGAAGGAGUUAAAUGCUCAGAAAAAGGAGCAGAAGGCCACCACUCUGGUCCUGGUGGUCCUCUUGGCGUUCCUCAUAUGCUGGGUGCCAACUUAUGUGGUUAGCAUACUAUACCUGCUCAGUGGAGUUAACAUUGUGAAUGGGUGCCACUUUUUCAAUAAUCUUAAAAAGUGCCAAGUCACCUUCACCAGUUUAGCCUUAUCCAACAGUGUUCUCAACCCCAUUCUCUACGUCAUUGUAGGCACAAACUUCCAGACAAAAGUUAAGGAAUUAUUCAUGCAGAUGAGAACAAACCUGUCAAGCCGUCCUUAA